GCGGCGGCGCGAGGUGGGGUAGAGCAGUCCUGCCCCUCCGGUGGCGGGUGUUUGGGCUGCGGCGGCUCUGCGGGUCGUGGCUGAGCGGUGGUAGCGGAUGCCGGAGGAGUGCCGGCCCCGCCGCUCGGCGGACCCUGGGUCAAGAUGAGCGUCUCAGCGUCGAUCGGGGGCACGGUCCCCCCGCCGCCCCCGGGCCCGGCCGCCGCCGCGCUGCCUCCCGGUUCUGCUGCGCGGGCCCUGCACGUGGAGCUGCCGUCUCAGCAGCGUCGUCUUAGACACCUUCGGAACAUUGCUGCCCGGAACAUUGUUAAUAGAAAUGGCCAUCAACUCCUUGAUACCUACUUCACACUUCACUUGUGUAAUUCUGAAAAGAUAUAUAAAGAAUUUUAUAGAAGUGAAGUGAUUAAGAAUUCCUUGAAUCCAACAUGGCGGAGUCUCGAUUUUGGAUUAAUGCCCGACCGCCUUGAUACCUCUGUGUCCUGUUUCGUGGUGAAGAUAUGGGGAGGGAAGGAGGCCGCCUACCAGCUGCUGAUUGAGUGGAAAGUCUGCCUGGACGGGCUGAAGUACUUGGGGCAGCAGAUUCAUGCCCGCAACCAAAAUGAAAUAAUAUUUGGGCUGAAUGAUGGCUACUAUGGUGCUCCAUAUGAACAUAAGGGUUAUUCAAAUGCUCAGAAGAAUAUUCUUCUUCAGGUGGAUCAGAACUGUGUUCGCAAUUCUUAUGAUGUCUUCUCUUUGCUGCGGCUUCAUAGAGCCCAGUGUGCAAUUAAACAGACUCAGGUAACUGUUCAGAAAAUUGGAAAAGAAAUUGAAGAAAAACUAAGACUCACAUCUACAAGCAAUGACCUGAAAAAAGAAAGUGAGUGUCUGCAAUUAAAUAUUUUGGUGCUUCGAAAUGAACUGGAAAGACAAAAGAAAGCUUUGGGACGGGAGAUGGCAUUACUGCAUAAGCAACAAAUUGCAUUACAGGACAAAGGCAGUACGUUUUCAACUGAGCACCUCAAGCUUCAACUCCAGAAGGAAUCCCUAAAUGAAUUGAGGAAAGAGUGUACUGCGAAAAGAGAACUUUUUCUGAAGACUAAUGCUCAGUUGACAAUUCGUUGCAGGCAGUUACUGUCUGAGCUUUCCUACAUUUACCCAAUUGAUUUGAAUGAGCAUAAGGAUUAUUUUGUAUGUGGUGUCAAAUUGCCCAAUUCUGAGGACUUCCAAGCAAAAGAUGAUGGAAGCAUUGCUGUUGCCCUUGGUUACACUGCACAUUUGGUCUCCAUGAUUUCCUUUUUCCUGCAAGUGCCCCUUAGAUAUCCUAUAAUUCAUAAGGGAUCUAGAUCAACAAUCAAAGAUAAUAUCAAUGACAAGCUGACAGAAAAGGAGAGAGAGUUUCCAUUAUACCCCAAAGGAGGGGAGAAACUGCAAUUUGAUUAUGGUGUCUAUCUUCUGAACAAAAAUAUAGCACAGCUAAGAUAUCAACAUGGACUUGGGACUCCAGACUUGAGGCAAACCCUUCCCAACCUGAAAAACUUCAUGGAACAUGGACUACUGGUCAGGUGCGACAGACAUCACACCUCCAGUGCGAUCCCUGUUCCAAAGAGACAAAGCUCCAUAUUUGGGGGUGCAGAUGGAGGCUUCUCUGGGGGCAUUCCUUCGCCAGACAAAGGACACCGAAAACGGGCCAGCUCAGAGAACGAGAGACUCCACUACAGGACCCCUCCUCCCAGCUACAACUCCGCAGUAGCCCAGCCUGGGCCCACCACCCCCUCCCUGGGAGAGUCUGAGAGAAAGACAACAACUCUGUCCUCCUCCUUGGAUACCUCCUUGGACUUCUCCAAAGAAAACCAGAAAACGGGAGUCGAUUUGGGCAACAGCUUAAACGUGGGCCCCGUGAGUGUAAACACUGGCCAAGAACAAGGAGAAGCCCUCCCUGGGCAUCCAGCCACGGUGAAUGGCUCUCUCCUACCCAGCGAGCAGGCCGGCCCCGCCAGCGCCCAGCUCCCGGGUGAGUUCCACGCCGGCUCAGAAGCUGAGCUCUGCUGUGCCGUGGAGCAAGCGGAAGAGAUCAUUGGGAUGGAAGCCACGGGUUUCACCUCCAGUGACCAGCUAGAAGCGUUUAACUGCAUCCCGGUGGACAGUGCUGUGGCAGUGGAGUGUGACGAACAAGUUCUGGGAGAAUUUGAAGAGUUCUCCCGAAGGAUCUAUGCACUGAACGAAAACGUAUCCAGCUUCCGCCGGCCACGCAGGAGCUCUGAUAAGUGAAGCGAGCAGACAGACAGUAGGUCCAGGAUGGGGCUACUGCCUAAAAUGAGGAUGAAGCUGCACUGGUUACCCUUUGUAAUAAUUAUGACACAAAAUAAAUAUUAAUGGAGGAUAUUCCUCGGGAAAAUAGACUUUGUGAACAGAGGAGGGACUCAGGAUCAUUGUGUAUCAGUGGGCCAGACGAAGUUAGGUUUUGCUUGCAAGAUGGGCUUUACAGGCCUGACCGUUGUUUGAAGGCAAAAGUCACUCUCUAGCUUGAGUCACCUUAUAGGUAUUCGUCUGCUUUUUUAUUUGCUCUUCUAUGUUAUCCCCAGAGGGAAGAUGAUAAUAUAUAUAAAGAAUAUAAUGAACUCACCUUUAGUUUCUCAAGCAUUUGCCCUCACCAGUUUAUAAAACUUUGGGAAAAAUUGAAUAUUUAGAAAAAGAUUUCUACCAUUUACUGAAGGAUCUUUGGCCAUUCAUUAGGCUGAUGAAUAAGAAGCACAAUAGUCUCCUUAGACCCAGGCGCAUAUGCCCCUCCCCUUGCCCCCAUGCCUCACAGGCAACCGAGAGACUCCACUGUUGCCCCAUUUCACAGUGGAUGCAUUGUGCACCCUGAAAAAAGGACAUCAGAUUCACGGGCUCUUUAAUGCAGUAGCUCUGACCUUCCACCUCCUCUGAUCAGCCAUGGCUUUGAGGUAGCCCUCAAAUUCGGUGGAUCCCAGGGACCCUUGAGGACCCCAAGGUUGUAUAAUCAAAUGGCAUCCAAUCCUCUUUGAGGGCCAGAGUGUUUAUGUGGGCAGAUGCUGCAAUCAAAACUAGGCGCUUCCUGGCAGUGCACUCACCAGACAAAAUCCGCUUGUGUACAGCCCAUGUUAAUUUAUUACAUUUCAGUUGGAAGACAUUGUAUGUGAUGAAGUAUACGUAGAGAGUCAGGCCGUCCAAUGUGCAAACUGCAAGGCAGUUGAGGUUGUCGGACUAAUACUAGAUGAGGCAUAGAAUACUAUUGAUAUGUGUGCAAUUGCAUAAAUAUUAAAUUAUGUUUUUGAAGUCCAACUGUCAUUCCUGGAGCUCAAAUUUCGUUUGCUAUUGCUUUACACUUUAUUUACCCAAGGACAUCGCCUCAGGGUUGCAAGUUCUUUAAGGAAAAUUUAUCCGUGUAUCCAUGUAUUGCAUAGAAGAAUAAACAUUGAGUGUACUUCACUCGACCUGA